CUAGGUAAUUUAUUCCAUCAACCUCGCGCAUCGCCGUCUGCGCACUCUCACACGAUUACGUUCGUCAGUAGAAUUCGAAGCACGGUCCCCUUCACAUCUACCCGGUUCGGUCCGUGAUUAUCAAUAAAUUUAAUUCGACGUUUCCGUACAUCUUGUUCCGAUCGAUCGCCGAGAAUGACCCUCACCAACAGGUUUCUGUGGGUGUUGCUGCUGAUAAGCAUUGUCUUAAUCGGCAACGGUGGGAAGUCUUUGGCCAAACGACGCUCCGGUGUCGUCAGAAGCCGCUACGCUGAUGAGGAACCGAACCCGACUCGGGAUGAUGAGUUUGACUGGCAGCUGAUAAAGAACACCUUCAGCAAAGAUCGCACCAACGCCGCUUUGUCGACUUUUCUAGUUAAAUACCUGCUGAACAUGCUAUACGAGGGAACUGGAACUUUUUCGCAAACCCAACGCGAGCUAAGCGGUCCUCUGGGACGUACCCCGGGAAACUACGACUCCCCAAAGUGCGUCGAAAUAAUGAACACUCUUCAAGGUAGCAGCAAACGACUGCAUAUUGCUAGCAGGGUGUUCGCCGAUCAGCAAAUCAGUGUAACCCAGAAGUAUGCGAGUACCGUUGGCAUGUACUACAAUGCCAGUGUAGUGAGCGUGGACUUUCAGCAGCCUCAACAAGCGGCAAAUGACAUUAACAACUGGGUGUCGAAUGGGACGCAAGGCCAGAUACGAGAAUUGGUUACGACGCGUGAUAUUCAAGGGUCGAUCAUGCUGCUGGCCAGUACAAUUUAUUUCAAAGGGCUUUGGAGAAAUGUUUUUCCGGAAGCGGCUACGAUGAUUCAACCGUUCAAAACUGGCGACGGCCGAACGGUUGACGUACCAUCUAUGAAGCAAAUUCAGAAUCUCUACUUUUCGGAAUCUUCGCAGCUAAAAGCGAAACUCUUACGAUUACCCUACGAAGAAGGUCGCUUUACAAUGAUCCUAUUACUACCGAAUGAAGACAGCAACAUCAACGAGCUGGUAAAUGCAUUAUCCGGCGAGGCAAUUCAUCAGGCGAUCCGUGACAUGGAAGACAUUGAAGUUAAGGUACAACUUCCCCGGUUCCAAAUUGAUUACUCCAGCUCAAUGAAGGAAGCACUGCAACAGCUAGGAAUCGAUCGCAUCUUUACGGACGGCGCGGAGCUCAGCGGAAUCGCCCGUGGGUCAAGCCUCCCGGUGAAGGUAUCGGAUUUAUUCCAGAAAACUGUCAUCGUUGUAGAUGAGAAGGGUAGCACAGCUAGUUCGGCGGCCGGCUCGUCGCUGGUAUACACCAUCGCAAGUGAUCCGGAGAAGUUCAUCAUCGAUAGACCGUUCCUUUUCUUCAUCGAAGAGGAAUCGACUGGGACAUUGCUGUUUGCGGGAAAAGUCGAAGAUCCGAUGCAGUGAAAUGUGCUGCUUAGAAUGAUAUGUUUUGUUAAUAGGAUGCUGAAACAAAAUUGGGAUUUUUUAUGCAAGAUUUAGUUGAUCAAAAAGAUUAAUAAAUGUUAAAUGAAGUCAACAUUCAUCGAUUCUGUAUAAAAUUUAAAGAAAUACUAAUUAUGGAAAAACUGAUUUUCAGAAAAAAAAUCAGGAACAAUAAACGUUUUGAAGCGCGUUUAUAGUAUAGCACCAAUAUGGAUCACCAUAUGUUGCUCCCGCUCGAUGACAAAGGGAGGUGAUACGCUAACCUGACGAAAUACAUUUUAUUCUCGAUUCUGAAAACUAAA